AUGAUAGAGUGCGUCGGCUACCACACUGAAGAAAUAACCAUUAUCAAGAACAAGUCCUCUCAGAACGCCAUGUUAGCUUCUGUGGGUCUGGGAGGACCAUUCGAAGGCAUGGAAGACUGGGACCUGGUUAUUCUUAAUUACCAGACGCCAGGGAGGCACACCCGGGGCUUUUAUGUCAGCGAGGAUGUCACCAACCGGUGGUGUGGGAAGCCGCUUCCUGGACAGUAUGCUCUCUGCGACUGCGGACUAAGGCCACCCGAAGAACGCCGGUAUCUUGGAAGCUGGUGUAAUGCAAUGAUGUGCUACCACGAACGACUCUGGGUUGGUGUACUCGAGACGGAAGCUCAGCGAAGUGAUACUGUGGCAGAACAUGAACCGGUUUUGGACAGCUUGGGCGAUUUCUACUUAUACAUCUUUGAUUUACACAAUUUCGAUAUCAUUGACCUGACGGUGUUGUCGAUGUAG